AUGGCCGAUUUUUGUCAAACGGCCAACCGGAUAGAUACCGAAAAUAUAUUGACGGUGCAACGUGAGGCCCCCUCGCCUCCCGCCCAGGUAGCUCCACUAUUGCAUUGUGUUUGCUUAUGUAUAAUGUAUUAUGUGUAUCAUGUAUCGCUGCGGCAUGUUGCGCAAAAGGUGCUGACGAAGAAGUGCCUGCACCGGUACACGAUGACCUGCAUGAAACUGGAUCUGAUCCGGCUGAUCGACCGGUUGGGCACGGCGCGGGCCUACCAACUAGUGCCUGGCGUGUCUCUGGUCCGGGCGCCGGACGGCGGUAUCAACCAGACGUCGGCGACAGACACCGGAGGUAACCACAGCGGUGGCAACGGAAUACCGGCGGACGUGGUCAGGUCACUGGUCCGGGGCAACGAGUCCGCCGACGAACUGGACGGAUACCUGAUGGAAAGAGUCGACGCGUACCUCGGCUCGCUGUCCAUUAGCGUCAAGUUGGUCGACACGGCGGCCGUGGAGAACGUGCGCAAACUCAGCAGUCAGAUGCUCGUCAAAAUUCUGCCCACUGACUUGCUGGAGACCGGUAACGAUCGAAUUGUUUAA